GCGAGUGUGUUCAUUAUGCGUGCAUCCGCAAACUGGCGGUCUUCUCCUCCCCUGGUGAUUGUAGUUGUCUGCGUUGCUGUGUUUACAGACAUCUUUCUCUAUGGAUUGAUUGUGCCUGUGCUGCCCUUUGCACUGGAGGAAAGAAUAGGACUCAGUGGCAAAAGUGUUCAAAGAUGGAGCUCUAUUCUGUUAGCUACCUACGGUGGGUCAAUUCUUAUCGGGUCCGUGUUCGCCGGAUGGAUUGGUGACCAAGCAUGCAGGCGGACAAAGCAGCUGCCGUUCCUGGCCGGUAUGCUGAUUGCCGGGGGUGCGACACUGCUGUUCUCGCUCAGUAAAUCCCUAGGCUGGGUUCUGAUUGCGAGGAUUUUGCAAGGUCUUUCAACCGCCCUGAUCUUUACAAUCGGCUAUAGUCUUCUAUUGGAUACAGUUGGCAAGGAAAGCAUAGGCCACGCGCUUGGUUUUACCAGCAUGGGUCUCAGUCUGGGGUUGUUCGCGGGGCCGAUUGUAGGCGGCUUCAUCUACGAUUCAGCAGGAUAUCUCGCUGUUUUUGGACCUGCCUUUGCCCUGAUUGUCCUAGAAAUAGGUCUACGGCUACUCCUGCGACCUACAAUCCAGUACACGAGACAAGCGCCACCUUGCACCGGUCUGGCUGACGAGCAUUCAUCUUUAAGACCUGGCAGACAAGUUUCCAAUCCUUAUGUCGAUCAAAAUGGUCCGAGCACUGUCGAAGACCAUCCGCUAUCGUACCUUGUGAUUCUCCUGCACUCUCCACGAUUUGCAGUCGCGAUGAUAGGGAUGGCCCUUCUCAACACAUUCAUGACGGCGUUCGAAGCUGUCUUGCCUAUUUACCUGCACGAAGUCUUCACCUACAGUUCGACGCAGGUAGCUGUCGUGUUUCUGUCAAACACCCUGCCCAUGUUAUUUUCUCCACUCUCUGGAGCUCUGGUGGAUCGAAUAGGGCCGUUUGGGCCGGCACUGACCGGCUUCGCUCUCGCGGGUCCGAGCAUGAUGCUUCUGGCCAUGAUCCAAACCGACACACUAGUCAACUCCGUUCUUCUCCGGGUAUACUUGUUUUUGUUUGGAUGUAGUGUUUCGCUGGCCAUGCCCGCGAUGAUGACAGAGAUUAGUCUCGCCACCGAGGCGGUUGAGCAUGCACACCCCGGGAUCUUUGGACGAGGAGCAUACUCCCAGGCUUACGGCCUGAGUAACGCUGCCUUCGCGGGGGGGACACUGGCAGGGCCACUAUAUGCCGGCUACUUGCGGGAAUGGUUUGGGUGGAAGCUUAUGGUCAUCUCGAUGGGUGUGCUGAGUCUGGCUAUGGCAGGCUUGAUUUGUGGUUAUACCGGAGGAGAGCGCACUGAUACAACCACAGGGAGGAGAGAUCUCUAA